CUGAUACAUGCCCUUGGAUCAGCCCUCAACCCGUCAACCGCACAAAACUGGGACGCUAGCGCUUCUGAGUCAAUUCACACUCUUGUCUCCUCCGCCCGUUAACUAGUACAGAUCCGAGAACCGGCCACAGAAGCCUUAACGCAAACGAAGAAGGGGAGACCAAUAUGGUGACCAAAACAGAGGAGACGCAGUUGAAUAGGUUGGAGGGUCAGGUGGAGAAUGGAGGUGGAGGAGCUUGGGACUAUCUCUGCUUCGUCAGGAAGCUUAAGGUUAGGCGCUCUGAUAAGGUCUUGAAGUAUGGUUUAUCUAUCUUGAAUGACCCCAAGAAGCGAUCCAGUCUCGGUCCUGAAGAAUGGACUCUUUAUGAACAGGUGGCAAUUGCAGCUAUGGACUGCCAAUGUUUUGAUGUUGCAAAGGACUGCAUUAAUGUGUUGCAGAAGAGAUUUCCAGAGAGCAAAAGAGUUGGCAGACUGGAGGGCAUGUUACUUGAAGCCAAGGGGUCUUGGACAGAGGCAGAAAAGGCUUACUUAAGCCUGCUAGAGGACAAUCCAUUGGAUCAGGUAAUACAUAAAAGGAGGGUGGCUUUGGCAAAGGCACAAGGCAACAUGUCAGGGGCUAUUGAAUUUAUCAACAAAUAUCUUGAAACAUUUAUGGCUGAUUCUGAUACCUGGAGAGAACUUGCUGAGAUAUAUGUUUCCCUACAGAUGUAUAAACAAGCGGCAUUCUGCUAUGAAGAGUUAAUAUUGGCACAGCCUACAGUUCCACUAUAUCAUUUAGCCUAUGCUGAUGUGCUGUACACACUUGGUGGACUAGAAAACCUUCAGGCAGCUAAGAAAUAUUAUUCAUCCACAAUAGAGUUGACUGGGGGCAAGAACACCAGAGCACUUUUUGGUAUUUGUUUGUGUACAUCUGCCAUCGCACAACUUACAAAAGGGCGAAACAAGGAAGAAAAGGAUAGUCCAGACCUGCAAUCUCUUGCAACAGCAGCCUUGGAAAAAGACUACAAGCAAAGAGCUUCCGACAAGGUUUCUGUGCUUGGUUCGGCAUUGAAAAGCUUGAAAGUUUCAUCCUAACUUCUUCGCCAUUGAAUCAAGCUUUCUAUUGUUGGCCCAGAUGCCAGGAUCUUCAUCACAUCCUAAACAGAAAGCUGGAAAUCUACUAAUGUUUUAGAUUUUAAGUUUUGAUUUGCUUGAACUGUUCUAGAAUGCUCCAUUGAGCAGACUAGGAACAUUUUGAGAGAAAUGUUUUUCUCCUUUUGCAUAAUUUCAGAUGUACUUGACCUUCAAUAUCCUGGUUAUUUCUUCUACCUUGGGUUGGUGGAUUUAUCUUGCUAUUUUUAAGUUAAGAUUUUGGCAUUGAAUCCAUGACUUUCAAGUGUAAUAAUCCAUAGGUAUACUGAUUCUGUUAACCCAAAUUCUUUUCUUUCAA